AUGGGUAGCUGCAAUGGGCUCGUGCGCCUUUCCCAUGAUUAUAUGAUUUAUCUAUGGAAUCCAUCUAUUCGGAAGACAAUUGCCCUUCCACCAUUACGGCAUGGAGCUUUUGUGCAUACCAUUGGGAUCGGUUACAAUGCCCAGACUGAUGACUACAAGGUUAUCAGCAUUGUGUAUCUCAACGAACCCAAUAGUUUUCAACCUCCGGCAGAGAUUGAUAUUUUCAGUCUGAGCACAGGCACAUGGCGGAACAUCAGCCAUUUGGGUCCUCCAUAUACCAUAGACCAGUGGUCUCUACCGGUUUAUCUGAACGGAGCUGCACAUUGGAUUGCUUAUGGUAAGACAGGAGAAGAUUUCUUCCGUUUGAUCUUGUCAUUCCACAUGAGUGAUGAGAUAUUUGGCGAGAUCAUGGUGCCUGGUAGCAUUUCUGGUAGUAACUACUCAGGGUUGAGUGUUCUUGUUUCUAAGUUUCAAGAAUCACUCUCUCUGAUUGAUUGUCAUUGGCAUACUUGUUGCAUAUGGGUGAUGAAGGAGUAUGGCAUAUCAGAUUCUUGGACACAACUAUUCAAUAUUCAUACUAGUGUUGGACCCCGUAGUGUAGUCGGCUUCACAAAGAAAGGCGAAGUUCUGUUGAGGUUCUAUUCCAAUGCUUAUACUGAGAGCCUGGUUUUAUUUGGAACAAAAUUUGGUAAUACCGGCACCUGUGCAGAUUCACCUAAUUUGCACGGAGAAGGGGAAGGGGAAGGGGAUGGAGCUAGGAAAUCCCUGAAAAGAAGAGCAAACUCAGCUCACUCUUUUUUACCAAAACAUUUGGAAUCUUAA